UUUAUCAAAUAAGCUGGCGGGAAAGCCGAAUGCAGACGUGGCCCCAGUUCUGCAGGAUUGAAGGAUGCGACACAGAGCCAGGCCCGAUUGGUGUCCUGGCUGCUCAUGGCCUCCAUGUGGUUGGCUCCAGUUCUCACACCCCCAGGGGUGAGGGGACAGGACACCCCGGGGAGAGUCUGGACGAACGGCCGCCUGGGUGAAGACGAAGAGGCCUCAGGGAGGAGGGCUGAAUGAGCAAAGGCUCAGAGACAGGACCACACAUCUUGGCCCUCAGCGCAAGGUCUCUCGAGGAUGCCUGAAGGUUCGCCAGCCAAAGGACCGUGCCAGCCACCAGAGUGCAGAUGAGCAGAGUCCGAGGCUCCCUCCCCACCGUACCCCGCCACCCACACCACCACCUGGACACCAUCUGGAAGAGAGAAACGAGUGACCAUAACUCCUCGCCUACGCUCAGCGCUUUAGACACCCAGGUCAUUCGAGCAUCAUUAUUUCACAGGCUCCGGCGUUUCUGAUUCAGCCUCGUUGAGCGAAGAAAUGCCACAUGUGUGGAAUGAUUCAGAUCUGAAUAGCUCACCACGUUCCUGUUUGUAUUUAUCCAUUUUGGAACCCACCCCCCCCCAACGAAUGCCAACGAUUUUUUCUCCAGCAAAACAACAUUCUCUGGACGUUUCAGCAGUUAAUGCUAACUACGGGCCUUUGGUCUUUUCUUAUGUUUACUUUAACAUGCCAGGCAAAUGAACGGGGUCGGUUAAUGAUUCAUCCCUCCCUCCAAGUGGCAUUCAGCAUUCCCUAGGCAUCGACCCUGGUGACUCUGACACAACACGGCUACACCGAAUCCAUUAUCCAACCAACUGGUCUGCAACCCCACCAUCAUUAGCAUGGAAAUUACCACAAAUAAAGGGCAGGUGACAAUGACUCCCUUUCCUGUAGGUCACACUGUCUGGAGAGAAAUCGAGCAGGUUUUUGUUUAAGAACAUUUAUUUUGAGAACAGGCAGUCAAACUCACUAGGGGUCGGAUUUCGGUCUUUUGAAUAUCUACCCAUUUUCGACAGGGUCAUGGGAUUUGAGAGGUGAACUCUGAACAGCAUCCAGUACGGAAUUCAGGGGUAAAGCUCGGGAACAUUCUCGUUCUCCCUGCUUUUCUCCUAGGAAGUCAGGGGUGGAGAUGGAACAGCCGUGUACCGCUUCACCCCGGGUGAGGCGGGGGCCCCGGCCUGGAGGAAAGGGGAAGCAAUCCCCAUUACUCCACUGUCCCGUGGCAAAGCCUCAGAAACGCCUCCUUCCCCUAGCAGGAGGAAGGCCGGCCUUUCGCAGAAUUUGAAUUUUCCACAAAUCUUCCCUGGCUGCUUCUUGCCACCUCGCUGCAACAUCCAGUCCCGACUUCGGUCCCGGGCCACACCUGCCUCUGCCAGUGACGGUGCUGGACUCCGCUGCUGCCCACACCCUGUGAGUCCCCUCAGCCCUGGGGCGGCCUCUGUGCUCCUCACUCACCGAGGGCACGUCCUGCCCCUUCUCACCACCUGCGCAUGGGGCCAGACUCCAGAAGGAUCGCCAGCUCCGGCCCCAGGGGCUGACCACCCCGAAACCAGCCAUUCUCUGUGCUACUAAUUCACCUGCCACAUGCGCUGAAAACCAGCCGUCAGCUGAAAACCAAGCCAAACAAAGCCGAGUGGACACAAGGUACAAGGCACACUGGUACCACCGCCUGGCCUGCACCCACACACGCGCCCUCACCCCAACGUGCUCUCGCCCCAGCCGCUCACGGUCCAGAGCCCCCAUUUCUUCCAGCUCCCGGAAAAAGAGGGAUGAACCCCCUCAGCCAGAUCCAGGUUUACGAUCUCCAGCUUUCCCAGAAAACCGAAGUGGGAACACGCAUCCCCGUCCUGACCUGCCAGACGGUGGGUCCCUCCCCUCCGUCCCGUGGUCUUGAUAAGACAGUGGGAGACUAAUAACGGUACCUGUCCCCGAGCGUGGGCUUCUCAAUCUUACGUGUGAUUCUAAGUCAAACCCCUGGCCACAGAGCCACGCAGGGACCUGCCCUGAGCAAAGGCUGCUGCUCUCACUGGCUCCCAGCUGCGAUGUCCAGCCACUCGCCCUCCCUCGUGCAGCAGCCUGGCCUAGGGGGCCAGCCCACUCAGUGGCCCUGAUGAAGCGGUGACCACUCCGACCAACAGGGGUGGAAGAUGGUACCGGUCAACCCUGAGCCGGACGGGGAGCCCGCAGCCACCGCCAUCGCGAGAUGGAGGAGCCCACGCCCGAGCCCGUCUACGUGGACGUGGACAAAGGGCUGACCUUGGCCUGCUUCGUCUUCCUCUGCCUCUUCCUGGUCGUCAUGAUCAUCCGCUGCGCCAAGGUCAUCAUGGACCCUUACAGCGCCAUCCCCACGUCCACCUGGGAGGAGCAGCACCUGGACGACUGAGGCGCGGGGCAGGGCUGCCCCUGGCCACCGGCCUGCCAGCCCACAGAGACCAGCAAUGGACGCAGCCCGUGGGGAUGGAGAGUGUCCACCUGAGCCUUGCCUGCUGUCACAGCAGCACCCGAGUGACACGCUCGCAGUGCUGUGGGUUUUCCAACCGUGGGCCGGCCUGGGAAUCACUGACCGGGGUGUGGUCACCUUCCCUGGCUCUGGCACA